AUGGAGCCUCACCACCACCACACCUCCCCACCCGGUCCUCUGCGCUCAACACACCUUCACCUCGCUCAGGACCACCUUGUUAACAACACCAACGACCAGGCAACAGCAACCACAACCGACUCUCCUACCCACACCGAGCUCUCGGCGUCCUCUGAACAACAGCCCGGCGAGGAAGACUUGGCGACUUUCACAACCACACCUCUACGGAAACACGUAGCUUCGACUGCUGCCUUGUCGUCGUCGUCCUCACCCUCCCCUUCACCAGCUUCGUCUCAACUAGCUUCGUCGCCAACCUCUCCAGUAUUAUCCUCAGCCCCACUGCUCACACGUGUCCCAGGCACUCCUCCAACCAACCCACCACCCCGCUUCUUCACCCGACCCUACCGCCGCCCAAUUGACCACUCCCACCACCACGGUUCGGCCCAUGGAGCAGGAUACCUCAACAGCCAAGGCAGCGCCAGUCUCGGUGUCCGAUCGGCCUUUAAGGACUUUAUUGUCCCAGCGCAGAUCAUCCUCUUUUUCUCGAUUCUCAAUGCGCUCUGGCCGACGCUUCUCCGGAUUGUGACCACGACAAUCGAGUUCUUGGUCCUCGUUCUGUCGUCCUACAGUGCCUGUGCGCGCAACAGCGACAAUUGCUACUUUCUGGAGCCGCUGUUGCCGGAUGGACAGGAGGGGGCCUAUGCAGUCACCAUCCAAUGGACACUCCGCAUCGUCUUUUGCUUUCUCUUUUUUGGUGGGUUCGCUAUCAUCUCCAAGAGGAUGGAAAAGAUCUGGAGUACACUGUUGAGCAACCGACAAAGACCACGGUCAUUCUGGAGCCCUGAUAAUGUCGUGUCUUGGAUCCUCUCCUGCCCAGGGGCUCUCUGGUCCUACAUCGAACGACUCCUCCCAUGGAAAAUCUCCCGGUCCUUCCGCCAAUCGACUCCGACACGGUCAGGACAACGGCAUCGCAGGAAAGCCUCCGGGCUCCAGUCGGACGACCAAUAUUACUCCAGCUCGGCAAAGAGCAGAGCCAACUCCAUCUCUUCCUCCUUUCGUUCGGGCUAUGAACCACGCCGGGUUAAUGGUUCGAGCUGCGUCGACACGGACGCCAUCUCGGCUGGAUCAGGAUCGGAAUCAAGACCACGGUCUAAAAAGUCAAAGAAGCCGCGAGUACCAGAGGAGUCCACACUGCGGGAAAUAUCGUCCAUGCCACGUUCGCCACUCCACAACCAGUCCUCGCCUACCCAACCCGCCGCUUCAGAGUCGUCAGAGCUACCACCAUCAACAGCACCUUCGCCUGAGACGGCGACACCCAUGGACUCGAAAACUGCUACUCCCAUAUCAAACAAUAACAACGUUUCGAACACUACCACCGCCCCUGCAGCACAUGCAUCGGGAGCACUGAAAUCGGAAAAAAGCGACGCCGGCAUACCGACUGCUGCAAGCGCCAAUUCUGGAAUUGUGUACGAGACAGCGGACGACGACGACUUUAUCUCCACCGACCGUCGCCGAAGGAGGAGAGCCAAGGGCUUGAAAACCAACCUCGAUGCCCACUCCUCAGAGACUCUCAUCAAGCCGACACCAUGCCCGCAGGACGAAAAAGAAGCAAGCAGCAGCCAAUCAAACCCAUCGACAGGAUCCACCCGCUCAAGUCCCGUCCCAGAUCCGCCCAAGACCAUUACCAACACCAUCAACAAAAGCACCAGCAGCUCGUCGGCCCCCACUCAACCAACAUCACAUCCUUCUACCACUACCACCACUUCUACAAGCAACCCACAGGAUGGCCAUAAUUCUCAAAAAGCAGCAGGAUCUCAAGCUCAACAUCCGCUACCUUCAGGAAACCUCCACCAGCGACAGGAAAGCAAGACCAGGAAUCAGCAUCAAAAAUCGGCUUCCCAGACGCGGCGCAAAGACGAGGCAGAGUCACACUCAAAGACUCCACUCGGCCCUACACCCACCAACGUCUCACUCCCGCCUGUAACUUCAGCUUCAACUCCACUUGAUUCGGCACCCGACUCGACCUUUGUUCAUCCGCUGCAUGCCCUCAACUCGACAAGUUCGAUUGUUCGACUGAAGCCUUCGCACAAGCGCUCCCAAUCGGCACAACUCCCUUCAGUGUCUCCUUGGAGUAUCCCACAUUCAUCAACAUCAGCAGCAGGGUCUACAUCAGGAGCAAGUCAUUCGAAACUUGCUGGCGGGUCCUCUCUGAACCAGAUGACGCUUCCCGUGGACCUCACUGCUGAACAUGUCGACCCCUAUGCUUCCUCCUCGCAAACUUCGACUACAGCGCCAGCUACAUCUGCGACUUUGUCAGAGACCGACAAACUGGAGACCUCAGGAGCAGGUGAAUACGACUUGUUCGGUCCUUCCUCGGGUUGGUACUCACCUUUCCAGUCAGGGUUAGACAUUACGAUCGAGAGCGACCAGGAGAAAGGGAGACAUGGAUCAAGAUCUGUGACGCGACCUCGGGUAAAAAUCGAUGCGGCUACCCUGCAGUCCAAGUCGCGACCAACAUUGGGCUCAUUCUUACCGCCCUCCUCGUUCUUUGAGUCUUCACCCCGCACACCUCGGAUCAUGCCGUUCAGUCAGCAUUACAGAGAGGACUCUGGGGGUAAUUUCGGACGUGAUGCAGGAUCAGGAUCAGGAUCAGGAUCUGUGAUCGGAAUGGGGCUGACCGGGAAUGAGGAUUGGUCUAUGCGGACAAGAUCGUCUUCGAUUGCAGCACCAAUGACGCCUUUAUUGGAGUCUGACUGUGUUGACCCGAUGGAUUAUUUUGGCGGCAGUCGGAGCGCGAGCAGUAGUCGACGGGGCUCGGUUGAGAAUAAUCUCACAGAGUCGCUGUUAUCCGGCCGAGCCAGGAUGUUUGCUUCGUCGGACUCGUCAUAUGGAAGCACCCGUUUGUCGCAGAGCGGCAUCAGUUCCAGCCAGCAGUCGGCGGGAGCUUCCGGGAGCAUGAACCAGCCCUCGUUAUUGGGAAACAGCCCUUUCAUGUCACCACAUCACUUCAGCGCCACGAUCAGUAGCAGGAUUCAGGCUGCAGCAGUUGCAGCCCACUCCUCAGCCUCGAAUUCACCAGUUUUGGGAGGUCAGAGAACUUUGGAAUUGCCAAUGGCUAUCACCAACCCGACGGCGGCAAUAUCAGGAAUCUCAACAAGCAGCAGCAGCGGCAAAACCAGUUUGCUGUCGGAUGUUGGGUUCGAGUCCACGACUACUGCCAAUCCACUUUUGUCAGGAUUGUCAGGAGCGGCAGGAUCGACUCCGGCUCCGGCUUCGUCGCCAUCCACGGCGUUUGUGAACCCCUGGGAGUCCAACUAUCCGUACAAGUCAAGCUCCCAUACCAUGUCGGAUACAUUCCUGCCGUUUGGUCUUGGUUCCUCGAGCCUGAACAACAGCAGUACCAACCUUCUCGACCACCAGUUUCAGGUGGAUCAGGAUCGACAGUCGAGUUUGCUUCGGUUGAUGAAUAGCGGCGGCGGUAGUGCUGGUAGUAGCAUCGACCUGGGCAACGGUGGCGAUAUGGAUCCGAGGAUCGGAUCGCAGCUUCAUCAACACCAGCGGGAUGACAAUGAGUCGGAGGCAAUUCGGCGUGGAUUCUUGUUCCCCAACUUGGCUCACCACACCGGUGUAAGUUCGACCCCAUCCCUCCCUUUGCUUUCUGGGGAUCUCUCCGGCGGGAGUACAGGCGGAUUUCAUCCUUUUGCGUCUGUUGAGAUGUCGCUGGCCGCGGCAGCGAAUCAGCCACCGCCUCUGAUGCAGGAGGAACCCAUGUACGAUUUUGUUGAACUGUCGAUCCCGGAUUUGAAUCGCAAACCAGGAGGAGGAGGAGGAGGAGGAGGAGGAGGAGGAGGAGGAGGAGGAGGAGUUGGUCAUGACGGCCUUUCUUCCAUUGCUGCUACUGGAUCUUUGAGCGGCGCUGGUGGACCGAGCUCGUCGUCAUCAUCUUCGUUGACAGGCACUGGUGCUUUCCGAGUAACUGGAGGAGUUAGCGGAGGAGCUGAGGGUGGAGAGAAGAAGCAUCGAGAGAGAGGCGCAAGGCACGGAAGGAGUCGUUCAGGACACCAUAAAUCCGCCUCACUCGGAUCUUUCUUCCUACCUUUCCCGCCUGCUACGACUACAACUUCAUCGUCAUCGUCAUCGUCAUCGUCAGGAGCUGUUUCAGUAGUCGGCGGCGGUGAUCAUCAUCAUGGAUCUCCCGGGAUCCAAGGCAACAGUGCUGGUGUGCUCGGUUUUGAGGCUCCCUUGCAGUCUGGUCGACACCAUAACCAUGGUCAUUCUAGGCUUGGACGUGGAUCUGGUGCGGGUGGGAAGGAUAGCGAGUCUCGAAGGAGUCGUGCUUCUACAGGUGUUGAGCAGCAGGAUAUUGGUGGCGGCGGUAAUCAUAGCCGAGGAACGAGUCGGCAUUUUGAUGGGUCCAAUGGGAACAGCCGUGCGAAACGUGUGCCCAAGAAGGAUCAUCAGCAGCACCACCAGCAACAGUCGAACUCGCAUCAAACCCAGAACCAAAACCAGAACCAGAACCAGAACCAGGGCCAGAACCAGAACCAGCAGCAGUCUGGUGUCGUAAAUUAA